AUGUAUGAGGAAAAUCGUUCGAAAUUAUUAAAGCGUGAUGAUAAAUCUAAAAAAGAUUAUUUUCGAUUAAUUAUUAAUUUUAUACUUGAUGAAGAUAAAUUUCGUUCGAAAUUAUUGAAUUUAUCAAUACCAAAAAUAUCCGUUGGUUAUGAACAGGCAUUUCCGAAACGUUCGAAAUUCGAACGUUUUGAAUAUAUUGGUUCUGGUUCUUAUGCACAAGUUUAUAGACAUAAAAUAAUGGAUCCAAGUGUUGCUGCCAAAGUCGUCGAUGGUAUUGGUGGUGUGGUUUCCAAUAAUCAUCAUCAUCAUCAUGAUGGUACACAAUCAUCAUCAUCAUCAUCAUCAUCAUCGAUAUGUGAAGAUAAUAUCAUUAAAUUUAUUGAAGUUUUCAGUGAAGGAAUUAUUAAAAAUUUGUUUGGCGUUAAAUCAUCUAGUUCAGUAUCAAAUUAUAAACAUGCUUAUAAUGAAUUUCGUAUAUCGAUUAGCCUAUCAUAUCUGAAUAUUGGUGUUCGAUAUAGAAAACUUGGCUAUCAAUGUCCAUUAUUUCCAAAUGUUCAUGGUUGUUAUGUAAUCAAUCAAUCAAUGAUGCCGGAUUAUUUUGAAAUUCCAGCAAAAAAAACGGAUAAAAAAACAAAAUGUGUUUUUAAAUUUGAUUAUCGAAAAUUAAUGGAACCACCAUUGGAUGGUGGUAAAAGCAAAAAAAGAUGCAAUGAAGAUGAUGAUGAUGAUAAUGUUAAUGAUAAUGACGACGAUGGUGAUGAAAAUGAUGAUGAUGAUGAUGAUGGCAAUACAAUGAAUAAUUGUCAAAGUAAACAACCAUUAUCAGUUGUAAAAAAACGUAUUGCACCUGAAGUAGCAGCAAUACGAAUGGAAGAUUGUGGCCAAUCAUUAUAUGAUCAAAUGGAAAAUUAUCAACCAUUAGAAAUUCUAUCGGUGACCAAACAAUUGUUAUUGGGUUUCAUGAUUGCUGAAAAAGUAUUUGAAUUUGAACAUCGUGAUCUUCAUUUGGGCAAUAUACUUGUAAAACAAUCACCAUACGAACAAUUGACAUAUGUUUAUGAUGAUCAAUUCAUACAGAUGCCAUCCAAUAAUCUAUUGGUCAAAGUGAUUGAUACAACAUUUUCACGUCUAAAAAUCAAAAAUCGAAUCCAUUAUCGUGAUUUAUCGCAUUUAUUUGAUCCAAAAGAUUUUGAAUAUUGUGCCGGUCCAAAUAAUCAAUUAGCACAUCAAAAUGAAACAUAUAAAGCAAUGGCAUCAGAAGUACAAACUGAUUGGUUAGGUUUUUAUCCACGUACCAAUAUGUUUUGGUUAAUCUAUAUAAUUAGAAAAUUUGGCCGUAUAAUGCGUAAACAAUAUCAACAACGACAAUAUACAAGUGAUUGGUAUCAGGUACGAUCCAUAUUAAAAUGUUAUAUACAUUCAUUAUUUAAAAUGAAUGAUUUGAAAACAUUUUAUCGUAAAAUAAUGAUACGGCCACAAUUUAAUCUAAUAGUACCGAUUCGAAUAAUGACAAUGAAUGAUUCAAAUUCGAAUCAUCAUCAUCAUCAUAAUUAUAGUUGGUGGUGUAGUGGAAGUUCAUCAUUAUCACGUUGUCAUACUAUUUCAACAACAUCAACUAUUGUUGGUAAUGUUGUUAAAGAAUCGAAUGUUAAUGUUCGUGAACACAAUAAUGAUAAUGAUGAAAUGAUUGAUGAUCGAAAAAAAAGACAAAAAUCACAAUCAACAUCAUCACCGACAAUUAGUUGUCAUCAACAUGGUCAUAUUCAUUAUCAUCAUGAUAAUAAUCUACAAUCAACAAAAUCUAUUCAACAAGAAUAUGUUUCCGAUUCUACUUCAAAUUUACAACAACGACAAAAAUAAAAUGCAGAAUUGAAAUGUUUUUAUUAUCAAUCAAUCAAAAUCAUAACAUAAUAAUACAUAUAUAAUAGUGUGGGUGGUAGAGGAAAGGGUGGGUGUAAAAUGCAGAUAAAAAUAAGAAAAGAAAAUCGGCUAACCUAAUCGAAUAUUUCAAGGUUUUUUUUCAUCAUUUUUUUUUGUUUUUCAAAAAUCUAAAAUUUGAUUAAACUAUCAAAGUAGAGUAUUAU